GGGGUUUGUUGCUGAAACGGCGCCACGACCACGCGCAUCUCUCAGGCGGCGGUCCCCCCCACCACUUUCAUCAUCUUCCUCCCCCUUCUCGGAGCAUCAGUGUCGAGCUAGCUCAGAAAUCCUUCCCGCCGCUUGUCGCCGCGAUUUGUUCUGGAUCCCUCCAUCGUCAUCAUCCCAUCUCGGUUCACCGGCUUCGUUGAUCUCCAAUGGCUUUGAUGGGGAGUAUGCCCGUCCGGAGCAUCCUUGCAAGCGAGAAGCAAGAGGUCGGCCGGGAGCGUAGGGAAGAUGCCCUCCCGGAAAAAGAAAUAAACAAAAAUUGCCAAAUCACCUGGACGGCAUCCACGGUGAGCCGAGUUGGAAAAUUUCAGUUGCCGUCCUAUGCAGCCGUCCUGUUUCAAGAGCCUUCCUCCGAGGGGGUUCGAAUUCCACUGCUCAUCAUCGCAGGCCAGCGAGAUCAAUUCUCGAAUUCCUCGGUGCCAACCUGGAUGCCAGUAAUUCGACUCGGUGGCGGUCAUGAAACCCCCGCCUUGGAUACGCAUCUCAGCUCGGCGGAUCUCUUGUCAUCAACCUCAGACCGGACUUCGCCCCGGUGGACCCCUCGCUCUCUGCCUGAUUUGGCUUCCAUCUCGCAGUGCUUCUCGGGUUUUCACGUGGCCAAAGUCUCGGAUCACGUCCCCGAGGCUUGCAUCCGCUCCGCCACUCUUCCCGAGGUGGGUGCUGAUAUGACGUGGGAGAAAGGCCGUGGCAGCAGCAGCAGCAGCAGGCCUUUUGCCCUGUCGUUUGUUCCUCUUGCUUUCUCUCUGUUUUUUCCUCGCCCGAUCGUCAACUAAACACAUUUGAGGACUCACCCCCGUGCCCACAUCGUGGAUCCCACGCAGGGUCAUGGGCGCUAAACAUCUAAACCUUGCGCCGCAGAGCGGGCCUGUGCCCGGCAUCUCAGCCGUACGAUUGGGUCCCAAUAUAGUACUCAAUUUCUAU